GGCCGCUUCCGGUCUACGAGGACACGUCACUUUUUCGGUUGAGGAAGAGGACCGGUGCAAAAAAAACCUAGCUCAUUGACCCCAUUUGUGCAAAUUAAACGGCAGUAAUCAUGUCUAAUUCGGUGAUCUCGGUGGUUUGUCGGUUCCUGGAGGAGUACACCACCUCGACCCCCACCCGGCUGAAGGUGGUGGACGCUUAUCUUCUCUACAUCUUGUUGACAGGAGCGCUGCAGUUCCUCUACUGUCUGCUGGUCGGAACCUUCCCCUUCAACAGCUUUCUGUCCGGAUUCAUCUCUUGUGUGGGCGCUUUUAUUCUAGCAGUGUGUCUUCGUAUCCAGAUCAACCCACAGAACAAAGGAGACUUCCUGUCCAUCUCCCCAGAGAGAGCCUUCGCAGACUUCCUCUUCGCUCACACCGUCCUCCACCUGGUCGUCAUGAACUUCAUUGGUUGAAACCGACGUGCCAAAGUUAUCUCACACAAGAUCCAAGAACAAGAAGUUCUCCCAAAGUCCCCUUCAAGACACACUUCAGUCCCGCCACCAACACUGAAUAAGUUACAUGUUGUCACACAUGAUGCAGUACAAUUUUCUUACAGAUUUUGAUUGAUUUCGUGCAUCUUUUUUUUUUAAAUACUACAAUUUGUAAAGCAUUCCCUUUUGCACUGAGAAGAAGAAAUAAAAUCUCAAAUGGUGACCUUG